ACGUUCUUGACCUCUUGGAUUAUAAUGGUGAAACCACGAAUAUAAUAGAAUAUAUUAUAGAUUAUAUUUAUAAGUAUAGUAUAUCCGUGGCUGAAGCAGUAAUUGAUCGAUAAGAAAUGUUAUCAAUGUCAAUAAAGUUUUCGUCUAUAGAUGGGUUACGUAAUAAUCACGGACUAUAUUAUAGUGACUAUAAUAUUAUAGUCUAUAAUCGGUAUUUAAAUCGUAGUAGUGGUGGUAGCUGCUGCACAGUGCACUGUUAUCAUUUGGUAAAUAAUAAUACAACUAGCUUGCUCCGUACAUAGUUGAAUAAUAUAAUACACGUGUCUCGCGUUUUUUCCUUAUGUGACAAUAUUGUUUGAAACACGAAACAUAUUAUUAAUAAUUUAAUUAGUUAGAUUAUUUAGAAUUGUGAUUUUAAUCUCAAAAAGUUUUUCAUUGAGACAUUAACCAUGAAAAAACGAAAAACCAUAUCUGAUUAUUUCAAAAAUAAUACGCCAAGUACAAGUACACAAUCAGAUACAUAUACAUUGUUGGAGGAAUCCGAGGUAGACAAUCCUUUACCUUAUUCUAGUGUUUCAUAUACUACAACAGAUUCAACUGGUAAUUGAAAAUUCCAACCCUGGUGAAACUGAACCGUCAAAAUCUAACUUCCAGUCAUUAUUACCAUGUAAUAUGGAAACAUCGGAAACAGCAUCUACUGGUAUGAACAAAUUUUCUUUAAAUUUUUUUUUUUUGUGUUGAGAUAUCAUUUGUGAUUAACUAUAACUACCACUUGUGUUUCCCAAUUACUUUUUUUUACAAGUGUUCAAUAUAUUGUGUUAGCUGUUUUAGUUAAUUUGUAUUGUUGUUCUUAAUAUUAUAUGUAACUAACUUAUUACUUAUGUAUUGUUUUGUAUUUAACCCCUAUGUUACUGUCUUAUUAUUGUAUUAAUUAGUUAAUUAUGUUUAUGUUAAUUAAUCUGUUAAUUCUAACCAUGACCUAAGGACUCAAUUGUCAACAAAAAAAUUGAAAAUGUAUGUUAAUAAAGUAAGAAGAAUAAGUAAGAUUGUAAGAACAUAACAUGUCACAUGUGUAUAUCCUAAUGAUAGGUAGAAAUAAUAUUAUAAUAAUAAUAAUUUGUUAUUUUGUCUAUGUUCUAUGUUGGGUUAACUGUUUGUGUUCAAUGUUUCAAAAUUGUUAUUAUGUAUAUUAGGUAAAUAAAUAUUGUAAUUUUUUACUUUUGUAGUAACCAUUAAUCAAUAAACUUUAUUACUAAUUAGUUACAUUAGUUAUACCUAACUGAUAAUAUUUGUGUUGAUCAAUGUUGUAUAUUUAUGUUUGUAUAUAAUAUACUUCAUAUUAUUUAAAUGUUGUUAUUUAUGUAAUAAAUUUAUUAAGAAAACAAGUUUUAAAAUUUUAAACACUAAAUGAUCAAAUCAAGUAUAAUGUACUAAAUUUAAAUUGUUUAUCUUAUGCAUGAAUUCUAAAAAUUUUAGAUCCUGAUAAUCCUGAUGAUCCUGCUAAUUUAUUACCGAUAUCCCAGUUAGAACGUAAAGAUAGGGUUGUUCGAGGCCCAUUUCAACCCAAACUUAAAUUGUAUCCACGAACAAAGUUUGGAGACAGAUUUCGGUGCUUUAAUAAAUCUUGGUAUGAAUUAUUCAAUUGGCUUGAGUACAGUGUGAAAUUAGACAGAGCUUUUUGUUUUCCCUGUCGGAUGUUCACUAAUUCUUCAGGAAUAAAUGCUGGCCAUACAGAGUCUACGUAUUCAAAAGUUGGAUUUAAUAAUUGGAAAUUAGCUACAACUAAAUUUAAAGCACACCAAACUUCAAACACUCAUUUAAAUAGUAUAACUUCAUUAACAAACUUUUUGCAUUUAAAGCCAAUAGAUACAGUUUUAGAUGAAGAGAGAGAACAUAUACACAGUCAAAAAGAACAGCAAAGAUUAAAAAAUAGACAAAUCAUGCAACGCUUAAUUGAUAUAACUCUGUGUAUAGGUAUUGGUGGACGUUCAUUCCGAGGAAAAAAUGAAAAGGAAACUAGUUACAAUAAAGGUCUGUUCAAAGAUAUUGUUACACUUUUGGCCAAAUAUGAUCCUCUUCUUAAAUCUCACUUAGAAUUAGGUCCUAAAAACGCGACUUACUGUAGUAAUAUAAUUCAAAAUGAUCUAAUUAUAUCAAUAAGUCAAGUACUAAAAAAUCAGUUAAAACAUAAAAUUGAAAAUAAAAAAAUAUCAAUUAUUGCUGACGAGACAAGCGAUUUAGGACACCACGAACAGCUAUCAAUAGUUUUAAGGUAUUUUGAUGAUGAGAAAAAAUGUCCAGUGGAGCAGUUUGUAGGUAUGAAAAGAAUAAUGUCAACUGAUUCGCAGACUAUUUUUAAUGCAAUAAGUGAUGUUAUUAAUGACUUUGGUAUAAAAUGGGAGUCUGUUUUAUCAAUGUGCUUUGAUGGUGCAGCAACAAUGUCGGGAAGUGUAAACGGAGUUCAAGCUAAAUUCAAAAAGGAAAAUGAUAAAGCGUUCUUUGUUCAUUGCUAUGGACAUUGUCUCAAUUUGAUCUUAGUAGAUUCAGUUGGGAGAGAAAAUAGAAUAACUUUUGAUUUUUUUGGUAACAUUCAGUUGAUCUACUCAUUUAUUGAAGGCAGUUGCACUAGACACGGUAUUCUGGAAACAAUUGCAAAUUCUUUAAACUUAAAACUUAAGACCUUAAAGUCUGUAUCAACAACACGGUGGGCCUGCCGUGCAGAAGCAGUUAGUGCUAUUAAAGAAAACUAUACAGCAUUGUUGGUUGCUAUAAAAGAAAUUUCGGAUAGAACAAAGCAGGCUGAUGUAAGAGCAAAAGCAUUAGGAAUAUUAAAUCAAAUGAAAACCUUUGAAUUUAUAUUUGCAAUGCUUAUGUUAAAUCCUAUUUUAUCCUUAGUUUUAAAAGUAAGUGUGUAUCUGCAAUCUUCGAACAUAAAUUUAUUAACUGCUGUUGAACUUGUUACAUCACUGAAACAUUCUUUAAUGUCAUUAAGAAGCAAUGAAAAAGAAUUCCAAGACAUUUUUAAAAAAACUGUUCAAAUGUGCAACGAUAAUGAUAUUUUGAUACCCGAUUUGAAAAGAAGAAGAGUUUCAUCUAAAAUUGAUGAAUCUCAUAAAACUCAACAUAUAAUGAAGAAUAAAGAAGAAGAAAUGAAAAUAUCAGUGUUUUUUCCAAUGUUAGAUAGAAUGAUAAGUGAUAUAGAAAUUAGAUUUAAUCAAGAGACUAUUAAUAUGAUAAAGUGUGUUGCGCGUUUGAUAAAACAAGAAGUUACUAAUGAUGAUCUUAUAAAUUUGUCCAAUAUAUUUGUAGUUGAUUUUAAUGAUUUAGAUGCUGAGAUUCGAUUACUUAAAUCAAAUUGCUCAAUCAGUAAAGACAACAUAAAUACAUGCGAUGAUUUAAUAAAAUGGUUGGCUGAUUAUGGAACUGGAAGAGAUAUUAUAUUUCAAAAUAUAUUUAAAAUUCUAAAAGAAUUUGUGACUAUUCCGGUUACAAGCUGUUCCUGUGAAAGAACUUUCUCGAAGUUAAGUUUUAUUAAAACAAAACUUAGGAGCACAAUGCAGCAAGACCGGUUGGAUGCAUUAUUAACAAUAAGUAUUGAACAGGAGUCUGCCUACAAUAUAAAUAUUGAUGAUGUCAUUGAACAUUUUAAAAUACUAAAACCAGUUAGUAGGCGAAUGGAAUUGUAAAUUUAUUGGAUUUUAUUAGUUGUAAUAUUUUAAUAAAUUACUUGUUUAACCAAACUAAUAAAUAACUGUUUUAUGUGUAUUGUUUAUUGUGUAGUAACUGUAAUAAGAUGUAUAGAGAAGGUUGAUGUACCUACUACCUGUCCUAUAGUUGAUAAAAUAUUUAUAAAAAAAAACUAAGUAGGUAGCACAUUAGUUAAUACUUUAAUAGGCCUUAUUUAUUGGUUCAUAGUUGUAAUAGCAUAUAAGAAAACCAAUUUUAAGAUCAAGAAAAUCUUUAAUUUGGCGGGGUGAAAAAAUUCCAGGUGCUAUACGUAUAAUUUUCAUACAACAAAAAUAAGAUACAAAUAUAGAUAUAUAUUAUAGAUCGCUGUAAUAUGUAAAAAAAUUUAAAUUUUAUAACUGGCCUCCCCAGCCAUGGAGGUCUGGACACGCCUAUGCCCAACGCAUAAGUAUACUGAAAUAAUCAUAGUCAUAUUUCAUAUUUCAUAUUGAACAGUAAAUACCUUAACCCUCUGAGGCACACUGUACCUACGCCCUACAUUAAUUUAACACUAUUAUUUGAAUAAAAGCCACAAAAUUAUCUGUUCAGUGUACCUAACAACAAACAACUAGACAAGCAAAGUUAACUAUGUACUUAUAUAAGUUAUGUAUAUAUCAUAUUGUACGUACUAGAAAAUACAAAAUGCACUCUUUAAUGAUGUGAUGUUUUAAAACAUGACAUUAAAAUAUUUAUGGCAUAAUAAAAUAUAUGCAGUAAGAUGUUUUAUUUAAUUAACACUGCAUACAUUGACGAAUUUUGAACU